CCAAGAUGCAUUCCAUUUUUCUUUGAUUCUUUCAGUUUUUAAAGAAGGUAAUGUUGUUAAAAUAAUUGAGCAAAUUCUGAAUAGUUGACUUGGAUUAUUGAAAUUAUAGUUGUUGGGUAGUGAGAAAUGUUAAUUACUAGUCUUGAAAUCUAUCCAUUUUUAUCAUCUCUACUGACCUGCUUUCUUUCCUAAUGACACGCUCCCGAAAACUUCAAGCAGGUGAAGAGCACCUGCCUCGUUACUUUGCAAAAAAUGGGUUUGUUGAUGCCGACCCAAAGAAGACAAAGAAAGAUGGUGGUGGCAAGGCCAAUUGGGGUCGGUCUGGAGAGGAGGUGCAUGAUUAUGGCUAUACAUUUGCAAAUGCUCGGCGUCGCUCAAACAGCAGCAACCAAGCACUUGAAGAUUUUAAAACUAAAUUUGAAGCUAUCGAACACGAUCCCGUCUUCGAAGAAGACAUUCAUGGACCAGAGCAAACAGAUAUGGAAACCUGUGAGUUGAAGGAUCAAAAUUCGGGACAAUGUGUCAGUAUUGUGGGCAGGUUGCACUCGGAUACCGAGAAGCGAAAGGGGCCAUAGAUUCAUUAUCCUAGCCUGAUCCGUUGAGAUUUGCUGAGGACUGUUUACUGAAAUUCCCAAGCCAUGUAAUGUUCUAAUGGCGCAAGCUAGAGGGUCUCAAGCAGGGUUCGUAGCUGCAUAUUUCAUGCAAGCUAAGGAGUAGCUGAAAGAGAAAUGUCUUUGACUGAUCCCCUAAAUUUCUCAUUGCUAGCCUGCAAAAUCUAGACUCCCAAAUAUUAGUUUCUACUUCACGACCAGGAA